AUGGUAGAAUAUGUAAAGAUACAUUACAAUAUAUACCAUAUGAUCCUUUUCACAAUAGAUUCACUGGAUGCAUUGAUAAUAAUUAUACAUUAUCUUAUACAAAGCUAUUACAUGUAUGAUAAUAUAAUAACAAACUAAUAACUAUCUAAGAUCAAUGGAUUAUGGAGGCAUUACCAAACAAAUCGGUCCUAAAGAUUUGUUCUAAAAUGGCGGAAAACGAACUACAUCGUAAUACCAGAUUUAUUAAUAAUACGAAUGUCAUAUUCCGCAGUACCACUAAUUUCAGCAAUUCUUCUAAUGAUGUCAAAUCAGAACCAUAUCCUCAUUGCAAAAACACCUUAGAUGGUGUUACCCAAUUAAUAGGUUGCUCUAAAGAUGAGCGAAUAUUAUUUGAUCUACCUUCCAAUUCAACAAUGUAUGCAGUUGACAAUGAAAACGAUCAUGUUGAUAAAUGUGAAAUCAUGAGCAAUAUUAUGGAGUCAAAAUCACCAGAAAAUAUCGAUAGAAUCGCAUCCGGCGAAUCAAAUAUGCCAAGCCCUGCAUUCACAGUUUGCGCCAAUUCUCGGCGAAACCACCAUAUAUGUGAACAGCCGAUAUCAAUAUAUACUGUCCAUCCUUUUGAUCCUCAAAAUCAUUCAUUACCAUCUGAUUCUAUUCCAAUAAUCCCUGGUGAUACAUCCAACGAUCUCUACGAAAAUAAUCGAAAUCCUUUAGACUUCUAUUAUCCCCAUAAAUCAAAGCUCAAUCCAACUAUUGAUGCUCAAAUGAAGGUUAUUACAAAUCUAAACAAUAACAUCAAAAAAGACAAAUUGACCAAUUGCCUAAACUCGUUAACCAAUGGAAAUGAAUUACCGUUUAAUGUAUCGCUCAACAAAUACGAUGUCAACCAUAAACACAUCCACAAUAAUCGUAAAUAUGACGACACUAAAAAUAACGGGCAUACCAAAGACAAUCACGUGUUUAAAAAUUCAUCCAAUCAAUGUAUCGAUACUAAAAUAUCUAACGAGCAAAUAAUAAUUGACCAAAUAAAAUCGCAUGCCAACGAUGCUAACGAAGGUGAAAGUCAUUAUUCGAAAACCGAGCUGUUAACGAAUCUAAAUUUAAACGAAAAUGCCGGGCAAUAUUUGAUGAAAAAAUUAUUUAUAGGAUUUAUGAUGAUAGCUAACAAAAGGAUCGAUUUUGCUCUUAACGAACCUCUAGAAAAAUCGUUAGCGAAAUCGUUACAAAAAGGAGAGGAUCAAUCAUUUGACCAAAUUAUGAUACAAUUUGGUUCCCUUUCAGAAUUCUGCUUACCCUCACUCUUGCAAGCUCUUACCCUUUGGUACGAAUGGGCGUUGGCUUCUUGUCUCGGAGUUCAGGGCCUCUCAGCAAUAAGCUCAAAUCUGAGUCACAAUCCACCCCAGCUGAUUAAGGGGGAAGAUACCUCUUGCGACAUUCCUAUAGCAUCAUCCACAUAUUCAUCACCUCCAUCCACAAAUAUAGGCGGCAGUAUUAUAUCAUCCAAUAUUAUUAGCGGUUUGGUAGGAGUUGCCGCUUCCCUCAUCAGCACUUCGAACAGUUUGAACAUCACUAACAAUAAUAACAACACGAAUAAUAAUAGUUUUAGCAAUAAUAUAGGUAAUAACGCGAAUGCCGUUACUUCUUCUAUUAUUUCUUGCGAUAUCUUCAACAAUUCGUCUAUUACAAGUAUGACGGGUAGUUUUAUUAGCAAUAAUUCCAAUAAUUGUAAUGCCAGCGGGAAUCUUAAUAAAAAUUGGUAUAAUAACAAUAAUUAUAACGGAAUAACUCCCCGCGAAAAUUCCGCAGAUUUUACGGUCACCGGAUUACAUAGGAGCGAUCAAAACUCUAAGGAUUUUUUGACCGAACGCAAAGAAUUAACUAUUGAAUACAUUUACUGCUUAUCGUUGAUUCAAAUACUUCCACAAUUUAAAUUGCAUCCCGGCCACGAAAACCUGUACAAAAUCAUCGAAGAUCAAAUAUUUAAACAUUUCAAAUAUUCUUGCGUUAGCAAGGACGCUACUAAUCCAAUAACUAACAAUAACGCGAGCAACGUUAAUAAUGUAAACCCAAACCCUGGCGGCAAUAACAAUUUUAUUAGUAACAACCAAUCAAAUAAUAACCCUAACCUACCUAAUCAAAAUUUGAUAUUUGAUCUAUAUGCCGAAGUAUUGGGAGUUUUGGCCCAAUCUAGGUUCAAGUGCAUAUCACUUCGCAUAAUAUUAGAACUCAACAAACUGAAAAUCAAAGAAACUGCUUUGUUUAAUCAAAAUAUCGCGAGCGAUUCCCUUAUUAACUUAUUGAUGGGUAUCAAAUUUCUAAGGAUACAGAUGGUUCCGAUAGAAGAUUUGGAAGAAGGCUUUAAAUUUCUUCAACAUUUGGCCAACUACUUCUUAGAGAUUAAAAAUAAGGAGAUUAAGCACGCUCUGGCUGCGAUAUUGGUUGAUAUACUUAUUCCAAUUGCUUCAAAAAUCAAAAACGAGGUGAAUAUUCCUUGCGUAAAGCAAUUUGUAGAUUGUCUUUACCAGCCCGCUAUGGAUAUGAUAUCUAAAAAAAAGCACGCUCUGGCAAUCUUCCCUCUGACCACUUGCUUAUUUUGCAUCAGUCAAAAACAGUUUUUCAUCCUUAAUUUUCAGUUCUUUUCCAACAUUUGUCUAUCUAACCUCAAGUGUAAAGAUCCUAAAUUGUGUCGCAUAGCUCUGGAAUCACUAUAUCGAUUGUUAUGGGUUUACAUGAUCAGGAUAAGAGGAGAAAGCAAUUCAAUCACCUUGAGCAGGCUUUCUAGCAUUGUUAAUAGUUUAUACCCAAAGGGAUCGAAAAUUUUGAUCCCGAAAGACGCUCCUCUCAAUAUUUUCGUUAAAAUUAUCCAAUUCAUUUCGCAGCAAAGAUUAGAUUUUGUAUUCCAGGAGAUUAUUCUAGAAUUGCUCAACGCCGGAAAAACGAUUAAAAUGGUUUGCCCGGAAAGAAUGAGCGUGGGUCUAAGAGGGUUUUUGGUGGUAGCGGAUAAUUUGCAACAAAGAGAAGGAGAACCUCCCAUGCCUCAAAAUUUAGUAUCCUUGCCCUCAGGCAAUACCAUCAGAAAGAAAAAGACGUUCGUUAAUAAGACACUGUCGGAAAAAAUGGCUUUGGAAUUGGGAAUUUCUUCCGAAUAUUUUGUGCCGAUUAUCAAAUCUUACGAAUCCAUUUUAAACGUAUUAGACAAUCAUAUGGGAAAGCCUUAUUUGAUGGUCAAUUCUCAAAAUUAUAACAAAGAGGCUGAUGACGUUAUCACCGGUGAUAGAAAAUUGAAAAUGGACUUAUUUCGAACGUGCGUAGCAGCGAUACCACGAUUAUUCCCCGAGGAAAAGAAAAAUCGGAUGGAAAUUGUGGAAAUGCUAAUUAGGCUUACGACACACCUUGAUGAAAAAUUGAGAGGACUUUCCUUCCAAGCUAUUCAAACUCUUUUUAAUGAUUAUCCCAAUUGGAGGCCAUUCGUAUUAAAAAAGUUUAUAACUUUUAUUCAAACCAACAUUACGGACUCCUCAACAUUCCUGUUAGAAUAUUCUUUAAGAUCAAUUUUGCAACUGAUAUAUAAUUUUAAAAACAACUUGAUGAUUCCUCAAGCCAAUGAUUUUAAGCAGAAAUACAGAUUAACACACAAAGAAACAACGAAACGGGAUAUCAAGGUUAUUAACACCAGCGAAAAGCUCGAAAUCUUGUACGAUAAUGAAUUCAAAAUCGCUUUACAAAUGAUCGAAGCCUUUACAUUAGUGAUCAUUGCCCAUAACAAUUUGACCCUUCGGCGGAUAGGAGUUACAUUAUUAAAAGAGAUUAAGGGGAUAGCUGAUACUUUUAAUUUAGACGAUAAUUUUAUAGCUAUCUACGAUGUGAUGCAAAAAAAGCUUCCCUUGAUAGUGAAACGCAUUACGCCUUAUUUUUCGGACAAUCAAUCAAUCCUAUAUCUUUCAAAAAUGGAAGAAAACUCAGUAGAUUUUGUAGGCUUGAUGGACUUCAUCCACAACAACGCGCCUGUAGCAUUCAAUAAUACCCCAAAAAAUGAAAUUAAAACUGCUAAUACAAUUACUAACAAUAAUAACUCAAUUUCAAAUAUGAAUAUCGUGAAAAUUUGGAUAUGCAUACUUAACACUGUUUUCGAUGAAAGCAAAGAUCCUAAAAUUUCUUUACCAGUUCGAUACGAAUGUUGGAAUAUGUUAUAUAGUCGUUUAUCUUACCUGUUUCAAUAUUACGAUCCAAAUGUAAUUUUGGCCGAGUCAAGAGCAUCUCUAUUGAGAUCAUCCGUGGCCAAAAAGUCAACAUUUGCCGUAGAACGCGAAAAAUAUAAAUCCAAUUGGUACACGUAUUUAGCUCUAGCCUGUACUAUCUUACCUUCUCGACUAUGUCAUCAUCAUCAAAAAAAUGGGUUCUCCCAGUACUCUAACACCAAAAUCGAUUCUGGCUACCAAGAACGCAUAAAAAAUUCGCAUUCUUUUACCUUAUCACCGAGCUCGUCCCCUGAAACGGUAUCCUACCACAACACAAACAAUAAUAAUAACUUAAACGCCAAUCAGGGCGUUGUUUGCAGUAGCAGCAGUAAUUCCGAGAAGGGUUUUUUGAACACGUCUUCCAAGAUGAUUAACGUAUUCUCCUCCUCCUCUUCUUCUUCGCCGACCCACGCACCUUCAUCAUUCAUAUCCGGCAAAUUCAUACAACCCACAAACGAGUUAUUCAGAAUCAUGAUCGCUUCUAUCAAUUUGGACGGUGUCGAUAUAAGGGAGCCCAUAUUCAACGCUCUAAUACACAUCAACCCCUCAGCUCUUGGGGAUCUAGUGGAAAACCUGGAGGUCGGUUUAAAGGAAUCCUCUGAAUCCAAACAAGAGAAUGUCCGACGUCGCAAGAAGCGCGAAACACUUCGGUCUCGUCUCGUGCUUUUGCUCGCGAACCUAGCUCGAGCCAGUCUUUUUGCCCAUUACCCAGCCCGUUUCAUAUUUUUCCCUCGUCUUCUCUCGCUCCUCGAGGAUGAUUACCUCAGCCACCAGGCAUACGAAAAAAGGAAGGCGGCUACUCUAAUGAUUAACUUUGUAGAGACCUUAGUCAAGAGUUUAACCCCCGGGGCAUCCACUCGCUCAUCUGCCGUUACCUUGGCUCACAACAUAUCGACCAAUGCUCCACCAUCGGUGGGAAUAAUAGCUCUGGGGAUUAAGGAACACGAAAAUUGCCGUCACGGAGUCAUCGAAGGAGAUAAAGUUUGCGAUAAAUGCUCAAAAUAUAUAGAUAGUUUUGAUAAUAAUGAUGUUUACCUAACGGCAACCGAUUUAGCCGAUCAUUCCGGGGACGUGUCUAUUGAAUAUUGUCGAUUCAUUUAUCAUCUUAUCAUCAAUUUUGAACUCGAAAGCCGAUUUGAAUUGUGGAGCGAUAAAAAACAGCUUACAUCGCAACUAUUCGUAUUUUUCAACAAAAUGAGUGGGCGUUUAAGUCAUCAGAAAAAUUCCCAAGAAUAUAAAAAACUUAAUAAAAAUGGAGGUUUUACUAAUACUGAGAUGAUAGCAUUUAAAACUUUAUGCACAGUUUUAACCACGGCUCCCAUCACCGAAAUUAAAGCCUUGGCGGAAAACAAUACAACUUUCAAAUGGUUUGAAAAUUUAAUGUACUGCUCAUCAAAAGAGAUAAUUGAUAUUACAAGACGGACUUUGGUAAAUUUAGUCAUCUUAAACCCCGAUUCAUGUGAUUUGAUAGAUUGGUUGAUUUUGAAAUCAUAUAGUGCUUCCUAUGAAGUUGCUAAGAACUGUUUUAUCAUAAUAACCGAAGCCUUUUGCUAUAAGGAAUUGCCUACUGAAAUAGUGCCUAUACUAACCUUGACGUUUACUUAUUUUUGCAGUGAGGAUGAAGAUAUCAAAAAUAACGCCAAACAACUUUUAUAUACCCUUGAUCGACAAUUUUUCAAAAGAACUCUCGGAAAGGGCCACAGUUAUUCUAAGAAAGAUAAAGUACCUAAACAAAUGAUCAAUUAUGUUGUGUCGAACUGUAAGACCCUCCCAUUUUACGCCCUACUUGUCUCUUCGGACCAGAUGAUCUCUUACUUCCGAGACACGCAUCAAGAAUUAACGAUGCCAUUUUUUUCGGAAAUAAUUCAAAAAUUUACGGUGGCGAACCAAUCUUGUCAACGGCUCCUUCUCAAAUCUCUGACCCCUUGGCUCCGCCCCCUUGAACUGACUCCUUUGAAUUUCAAUUUUUCUGAUUGCCACGAGGUAUUGGACUUUUCUCAACAACAUCAAAGUAAACCCUAUUAUUUUGAUGAAUCUUCCACUUUCGAGGACAAGAAAAGAUUGCUCGUUACGCCUCGAGGCUUGCUCACUGGUCGAUAUCACUACAAAUAUGAUUACUAUUGCAAUAAUUAUGCAAACCGCCACGAAGGCAAUGUUAGCGCAAAUGGAAUAUCGGACGCGACACUUAAUCAUCGCUGGAACUACAAGAUGACCAGCGACACAACUCUUUUCCUUCUGAACGAUCUUUUCUACGCCUCUUGUAAAUACACUUCCUCAACAUCCUGUCCGGAAUUUAACGAGGUCUGGGCUGCAUUACUCUCUUUGCCUUGUCAUCUUAACUCCAACCUCGAGAGCUAUAGUCCUAGUCCUGACAUGAAUAAUAAUCUGAUCAUAACUCUCGACUAUUUGACUACCUUAUGUGCUCUAAUGCCGCUCAAAUGCCUACAUGGCGCAUUUGAUGUCGCAAGACGCGUCGCUUGGGCUUCUGGUCCACGAUUUGCUGACCUGGUUACUGGACUUUUAUUAGACUCAUCUAGCCGUGCGGGGAUACCCGUCAAUCAUAAUAACGAUUUUAAGGUCACAGUCGAGCGAUACGCCUGCGCGCCUUUCCUGAGAAGAACUAUAAACCGGAAUUUUGUUGUGGAAAGAGGAUAUUCUGAUUUUUGUUCAGCACCGCUCAAUAAUAUUCGGGCUGAAGGAAAUGAUUUUGGUCGAGCACCCACUCUUAGAAAAAUACCUCCAGCUCUGCCCCCUUUUCAAAAUCAUAACGAUCACAUGGACGAAAAUAAAGGAGGAGAAAAGAAAAAAGAGAAAUUGACCAAAAUGAAUGACUAUGGAUUUGAUUACCCAUUUCCUAUGCCGGCCUAUGGAGGUUACUACGCCCCACUGGAUAAUAUGCUCUGCGAAGACGAUAAGAGCGCUUACCUAUAUCGUGUGCCUAAAUGCCUUUUUGGAAUUAUUUUGUUGAAUCAAACACUGACAGAUUUAAACGAUGGCUAUGAUUGGAAUACCAAUUUUCACAGAAUAGUCCACUUUAUUAUUCUAGGUACUGAUGAUGAAAACCCAGUUAUCCAUCAAAAUUGUCAAGAAUUGCUACUUAAACUGCUUAUUAAAAUAUCUUGGGCGGCUAGUUUUUACAAGGUAUCACAAAUAUUGGCACUUACUUUGUCGAUUUAUUCCCCAUCAGUCCAUCAUGAUUUAUCCUUUCAUAAACCAUUUUAUGAAGAUGUUAAUAGAGAUGGAAAUGCUAAAUCUAAUAAUUCACCUAUUACAUCUUCAUCGGACGAAGAAUACGAAAGCAAUUUAUAUUUUAAACAAAAAUUGAGCUCUGUCGCUAAUUCUUUAGGCCAUGAUCGUAAUAAAGGCCAUAGUCAUAAGGUUUUCGAAAAUGGAAAGGAUUAUACACCAAAGAGAUCGCGUGCCAGUGAUUAUAAAAGAGACACACCAACUAGUCCCGAAAAUGCCACUCAACCAGAUAUAAAAAAAUUACUGGGCCAUAACUAUUAUCCCACAAAAAAUGAGUCGACAAAAAUAGAAGUAAGACCCAAGGGUUUUUUGGGCCGAUCCCAUACUAGCUUGUUAAGCGAAGCUCCAACUAUAACUCCCGCUAGGCUAGCCGAGCUUGAUCAAGACAUUGUUGAAAAUGAGCAGCAACGCCAUAUUCUCAAAAAUAAGAAUUUUGACGACGACACCAAAUUCAUAUAUCGCGAGGAAGAGUCUGAAUCAGAAAGUUGCUAUUUUGACGAAUCUACUAUCGAUGAAGUUGAAUAUAAAAACGAAAAUUGUGACGAAGAUCAUUCUGUUUUACAAAGUCCCAUUAUCUACUCGAAAUAUUGUAAUGUGACUAAUUAUCCUAAUAAAAUGGAACGCUCAUUUGCUAAGCGGAAAUGUCGCUUACUGAUUAAAUUAUUAAAAAAAAAACAAUAUAUUGAAGAUUCAAACCCACAAAAUUGGAAUGUUCGCAGUCAAGAAUUUUACGUUUUUAUAGAUUGUUUAUGUUCAUUCGUUAACUUGAUAGCCCCUUUUCUAAAUUUGGAAGAGAAGUGGUUUAAAAUCGCCUUAAACUUUUCGUUAUCAAAUCCGUCCAAGCAUUUUGUUUUUCGUUCUUUACAAGUAUUUCGCUCAAUCCAAAAUGUCAAUAUUAAUUCAUUAAUCCUUAGCGAUUUGAUGAGUCGAUUAGGAGAAAUCACGGGAGAACCGGCAGAAGAUGUCGGGAAUUAUUUUAUGGAAUUGAUUCUCACUAUCGAAAUAUGCACGGCUAGACUAUUGUAUCAACUGUUCCCUGAUAUUAGAGAAUGCGGGAAUAAAACGAAUUUCCAAACUAUUAACAAUGAAUUCCGCGACAAGAAAUUAAAAUCCAUUAAACGCCGUACCUUUCCUUUUGAUUUAUACGACUUGGAAGAGGUGAUACCGCUGAAAAAUAUUGAUAAAUUGAUUCCUAACGCCCCACAUCUAUCACAUGCGCCACCGUCAGAUUUUAAAAAGUGUCAUCUUAUUAAUGAUGCAAUUGACGGUACAUCUCACACAUAUUCAUCACCGCAAUCUGCUUUGUCCUUUAAAAGAUGCAAGAGCUCUAGCGAUUUUUUUAAACGUACCAACAAUAACUUCGUCAAUGUUUUAUCGCCUUCAGCCCCGCCUCUUAGAGUUCAUCAAAAUAAACUACCAGCUAACAAGCCGGUAACUCCUCCAGAUGGCGCCAAAAUAGCGCUUGUCUCGCGUGUUUAUUGGCUAGCAGUGUGCCUGCUAGAAUCAGAAACUGAACAUGAAUAUGUGUCUGGUGUCAGAUUACUUAACCUCGUUUUUGAAAGGCUCGAUUACUUAGCGGCAGAAGGUAGGGAUGGAAGCGUGGAAAAAAGACGUCGCCUUUGUCAGGCAUUGGAAAAACUAUUUUUUAAGCUCAAAUGGGCCUCCUUCAAAGGAGUUUAUGAACUCGUGUUUAAGGGAUUUCUUCUUUCUAGCCAAUUUGUUACACGGUCUUCAUCAAUUAUCACUGCUAAUAAUAAUGAGGAAAUGCUCAAUAAACCAGCGGUGGAGAACUGGUGGUUAAAGCUCCACAUUAACAAACUCUAUGAGUUUGGCCUAGAGGAAAGUUUGCUUCGUUUGCUUUCUUCUAUGCUUCAAUUUCCUUUUCGCGUAUUCGCCGAAAUCCCUUCUUUUUGUCGCGCGACUAGCUACGUAGGGCCGACCAAGACAAAAAAUAAACGCGAUAUUAUAGACGAAAAUAGGACGUUCGAUUUGAAUGAGAUUGAAACCGAGGCCUACAAGGUCCUACUCAUAUUGUUUUUAUACUUGUUAGAAAAGUAUGAUAAUUCAAGGGAUGAUGAAUUGACACGCAAUAUAUGCCGGAGUAUAACCAAUUAUUGUUCAUUCUUUCCUGGAUCGGAAUCUUUAAGAAAUCUGUCCGUGAUAGUUAAUUUAUACGAAAAAAAAGCGUUUAAUAAAUCGUGUUCACAUUGGAUCAAAUGUAUUAUCAAUUAUCUUUCGGAAGCGUUUACUAAUUAUAAUGCAUCCCUCAUUCAAUUUUCGUUGGAAUUAUAUGAUAAAGGGCCCCAUCGUUGGCAAGAAAAUAUAUUGCAAAUAAUAUACAUUCUUAUCUCAAUAAACGAUAUAACGAAAAUCGGAGAUGAAGAGCUGAACGAAAAAUUAACAUCGUUAUUGAAUAAAAACAUUAAUUCGGUUAUGAUUCACAAUAUAGUUAAACUUAUUGUUAAAAAGUGCUCUAGUUUAGAUAUACCCAAAAAUAAGGGAAGAUCUAAAUUGGCUGAUUAUUCUACUACCACUUCGUUUAUAGAAAUCGAUUGUUUAUUUCCACGGCAACAAUUAUCAGGUCCAACUCUCGAUUUUACAAUUGAAAAGGAUUUUAUUAAAACAUUAAAAGAUCCAAAUAAACCUGUCGACAAUUCAACGAGUAACGCAAUCGCAUCCCGCAAUUCUCUCUCAUCAAACGAAAAUGAUAUAAAAAAUGUAUUAGUUAAUAAUAAUAGUGGCGAUGUUAUUAAUCAAUAUAUAAAUAUAACCAAAAGAAUUCAACAUGAAUCUGAUUUUGCCAAAAAUAAAAGAAAUAUUGCCUCAUUAUUUUAUUCAUCUUCUAAUCAACAACACACCAUAUCUCCUACCAAUUCUAAAACAAGUAAUUCACUUUACAAAAAUGGAUUUUCUAACACUGGCUCAAUUUUUAAGCCAUCGCCCACUAACUGGAGUCUAUUUGCAUGGAAAAAAGGACCGCAAACGUCUCAGGAACGAUUAAAGGAUAGAAUGGCUAAAUUUUUGCAAGCCGUUGGUCAAAAUAAAGGAUUCACUAAAAGUCCUUCUAUGAUAUUUGGCCAAAAUUGUGAACUUCAAAGAAAUCAAAGUUAUUCAAGCGGGGAUAAUACCAUUACACCUGCAAACUCAUUUUCUCUCAAAAAUGCUCAGUCAUUAAGCGUUGUCGGUAAUAAUUCCUCUGGAGAUACCAGCAGCAGAGAUGACAUAUCCUCCACCUUUACAGAAACCUUUGUGGGAGUUUUUAAAGAUUUUGAUUUUUUGGAUAUUGAACUGGAAAAAUUACAAGACGACGAAACUAGCGUCUACGACCUGGAUAAUUUUCAUUGGGCCGGUUUGAUCAGACAUCAAAGCAUGCUUUCCCACACUUCUUCCUCUUAUUCCUUGUCAAAAUUUUCCUUAUCCACCUAUUCAUCCUCCAUGUCAGCCUUGAACAGCAUAAACUUCGACAAGACAUUUGAAAAAAAAUUACCCUCUUGCACCCUAAAAUUCUCACCACUACCACUAACAACCGCUGCUACGAAUGUUACAAGCGAAAAACGACUUUCAAUCGGCGAUAAUAUGAUGUCAUCAUUGCAGGAUACUAAUAUAAAUAAAGGGAUUUCUAUACAAAAUGUGGUCACAAACCAAGUAACUAAUAGCAUGGAAGGCGCCGAUAAUAAUCAGCAUGCUAACGAGCCAUUGUUCAAAAGAAUGGGUAAAAGUUUAAGUAAGAGUGUUUCUUGCGUGCUGCUUCAAGUCACACCCAACGUACUUAGAAUGGCUAAGGGGGGAAUUAAGUGUGAUGACGAUGCUGAAGUUAGUAUUUUAAGUAUAAAAAAUUUGCAGCAAUCUUGGGAUGAAGCCUUGGAUAAUACACAGAAAAAUAUUCGCGAGUAUGAAGAUGAGGUAGGAAAUAUGAUCAAAGAAAACGAUUACCCUCUAAUUAAUAGCUAUCACGAAUCUGCUGGUUUAUUAUUUUGCGCCAGAUCGAGCAUUAAGAGCAAACUGGAAGAAUUAGACGAAAAUGAUAAUGUAGGCAAUCACGAAAGCCAAUUAAGUCAUACAGUCGAGCAUUCUUCGAUUCAAAGCGUUUGCAGUAGCAUAAGUUGCAGUAAUGUGAGUAUCAUCUCGUGCGAAGAUUCUGAAAAGUCCCUAUCCCCGGUAUCGUCCGAAGAGUCUUCCAAUUGUUCCUUAAACUCCUCCAGUUCUCCACUCACUCUCAUGUCAAAGUCUCCAAAAUUUUAUGUGGACAAUCAUUCUCACAUUUAUAACGAAAGCUAUGAUAAAGUUCAAAUAUUUGGCCCCAUAUUUGAUGAUAGAAAAUCAUUGGUAAAUCAAAAUUAUAGAAAUAAAACUUGGAUUGAGAACGAAUUCUCGAAUGAACAUAACAUUAAUAUGAUAAAUGUGGAACAUUGUUGGAAUAAAUUUUUUUCUAGGCUAGAUUUAGCCAUCUACGAAGCGGAUCGUGAUCAAGUUUUGAACCUGUCGCGAUUGAUAUCCAAUUUCCUCCAGUACUUACCCAUCUUAUACGGAUAUCUAAAAACCGAUUUAACAGAAAUGGCUUCGUUAUUCGCCGAGACCCAUGGUUGUUGCACGUUAAAAAAUGAAUCUAUCGAUAUAAUCAUCCCAAACACCAUCUUAUACGCAAUCCAAAAUUUGACGCGCUAUUUUUACAAACUUCCAGUUAUGUACAUCAACGAAACGCUAAUCGCCUCGACGACAAUGCAAUCAGGCGAAUUAAAAAACAGUCUGUCCAACGUAUUAUCCAACUUCCAGUAUUGCGUGAUUGAAAUCAAAGAGCACUAUGAAAAUUUUAAAGACCGAAAGCAGAUUUAUAUAAAGUUUAUCAAAGAAUAUGGAUCUAACAACGAGAGCACAUUAAUUGAAAUGGCUACCCUCUACACGAAAACAUUUUUCCAAACGUAUCUCCUAGCUUCGACAUAUACAGAUUUUUUUGAUUUGUUGAAAUCGUUCCUAUCACCUGACGUCAAAGAUUUGUCAAAUAAUUCCAUCAACAUGAAACAAAAGCUUAUAAAAUUAAAAUCAGAAAAUAGGCGUUGUAAUUUUAUUACGGAAAAAUCCAAUAAUUUACAAUUCUCCACGUUGCCUAAUAUCACGAGACACUUUAAGACGUCCAACGAUGCAGAAAACCAGAUCUUUAAUUAUUUGCUUAACGAUCAGGUUGCGAAAGCCUUUAAACAUUUACACGUUUACAGAAAUUGUUUCAAAACACCCGAGUUGGAAUAUCUCACCAAGGAAGAUGAUAAUUAUGCAAUAUUGCAUAUCUACAAUAAAAAACUUGUACAGAAAAAUGAAAAGUCUGCAAUUGUCAUCAACCCAGGUAUAGUGGAUUUAAAUGAAAUGCGCAGAGCUUUAAAUACGAUUAAAUUUGAAAUUAUGCAUUUAAAAAAAUGAAAUGAUUAUUCAUUGUGAUAAAUUAACUAAAAAAAUUAAUUCCUAUGACAAAAAAAAAGAAUACGAACCCAAUUCAUAUUUCAAUAUCAUUCCUAUAAAUAUUUUAUUAAUCUUUAUACUACGAAAGGAAACGAUUAAAAUCGGUGCAAUAUAAGACAUAAAAAUUCUCAUUAACUACAAUUUUUUUAUAUUAAUUAUGAUAUACAUUUGCCUAUUUCUUGUGCUUUGUAUUUUAAAUAUACUUCAAAAGAGUAAUUGGUAUAAUUUGUAUUAUUAUAAUUUUUUGUAUAAUGAAUUUAUUAUUAUAUAAAUAACAUAAUAUAUUUGGGGGAAUAAAAAUAU